GAGCGAUAGUAACCACGGGACCUUUGCCGAAGGGGGAAAACUUUCUCUCUUCUUUCUAAUUUCGGGCAGUCAAGGAACGAAGAUGGCGACGAGUAUGGUCGCUUUGGAGUGGACACUGCUGGUCAUCGUGUGCGUUAAAAUCCUAGGUGCUCGAUCGCAAUUCCAGCAGCAAAAGGAAAUAAUUUUUCCAGAGUACCACAGUACAAGGGAACAGCCGAGUAGGUGCUAUGAUGAAUUCCGUCGACCGCUUCGUUGUGUGCCGGAAUUCGUGAAUGCCGCUUUCAAUGUGCGGGUGGAAGCGACGAACACGUGCGGGACGCGGGGUCAGACGGAAUACUGUCUACAGACGGGCGUAACUGAGGCGAAAAAAUCGUGUGAGAUCUGCGAUGCUUCGGCCCCUUACUUGGCCCACCCCCCGGAUUACUUGACUGACUUCAAUAACAAUGACAAUCAGACUUGGUGGCAGAGCGAGACUAUGUACGAAGGAAUUGGAAUUCCCGAUUCCGGUCAAGUGAAUCUCACAUUACACCUUGGCAAGACAUUCGACAUCACUUACGUACGUCUGAAAUUUUACACCAGCCGACCUGAGAGUUUCGCCAUCUUUAAAAGAACAAGGCCUGGUGACGAUUGGAUACCAUACCAAUAUUACAGUGCCACUUGUCGGAGCACUUACGGAUUAAAUGAUACCUCUUUUGUAACCUAUCAAGACGAAACAAGAGCCCUGUGCACUUCGGAAUUCAGUGAUAUUUCACCACUUACUGGCGGCAAUGUGGCUUUCAGUACCUUGGAAGGUCGACCCUCAGCCUAUUAUUUUGAGAACAGUUCUCUUUUGCAGGAAUGGGUAACUGCGACGGACAUAAGAAUUACUCUGGACCGAAUGAACACGUUUGGUGAUGAAAUCUUUGGCGAUCCUAAAGUCUUAAAAUCGUAUUAUUAUGCUGUAUCUGAUUUUGCCGUCGGUGGAAGAUGUAAGUGUAAUGGUCAUGCUAGUGAAUGCCUACAAGUAAGUAGCAACCCACAAACACCUUGGGAAACACAUCUGGUGUGCCGGUGUGAACAUAAUACUGCUGGGCCUGAUUGUGAUAUGUGUCUGCCUUUUUAUAAUGAUCAGCCAUGGGGAAGAGCAACUUCAACUGAUGCGCAUGAAUGCAAAGCUUGCAACUGCAACGGUAGAUCCAAUACUUGUUACUUUGAUGAAGAAUUGUGGUUACAAACUGGGCAUGGUGGGCAUUGCAUAGAUUGUAGAGAUAAUACAGAUGGUGCCAACUGUGAACGAUGUAAAGAAAACUUUUAUUUAAGGGAAGAUGAAAGAUGUGUUCCUUGUAAUUGUGACCCAGUAGGUUCUAGGAGUUUACAAUGUAAUAAUCGUGGACAAUGUCAGUGUAAACCUGGGGUAGAUGGUUUACGAUGCAAUAAAUGUGCAUCCAAUUUCUAUGACUUUUCAGAACUGGGUUGUAGACCUUGUGGUUGUAAUGUGGCUGGCAGUAUAGAUAACUCUCCAGAUUGUGACCCUAUUACAGGUGUGUGUAGAUGCAAAGAAAAUGUUGAAGGGCAGCGUUGUGAUCAAUGUAAACCAGGGUAUUUUGAUCUUCAAGAAGUAAACGAAUUUGGAUGUGUGUUUUGCUUCUGCUUUGGGCAUUCAUCUGUCUGUAGAAGUGCACCUGGAUAUUCAGCAUUUCCAAUUGAAAGCACAUUUAUUAGAGAUUGGGAAAAGUGGAGUUCUUUGGAUUACCAUAAAAGAGUUGUGCCUUUUAAAUAUGGCCAAAUAAAUCAAGAAAUUGAAGUUACAGCUAAUUCUAGAGAACCAGUUUAUUUUAUAGCACCAGCCAAGUAUUUAGGUGAUCAGCGUGCAGCAUAUAACCAGUUCCUAACUUUUACUUUGAGGAUUGAAGAAGAAGGACCCCAAGCCACUUUGGAAGAUAUUGUUUUGGAAGGCAAUGGAUUAUCUAUAUCACUUCCAAUUUUUGGACAAGGCAAUCCUUUACCUACAACUUUCAAUCAAGAAUACAAAUUUCGAUUACAUGAGCAUUCUGCUUAUGGUUGGAAUCCUAGACUUACUCCUAGAGACUAUAUAAGCAUCCUCUCUAAUUUGACUGCUAUUAAAAUUAAAGCAACAUAUACACCCGAAGGCACUGGAUAUCUUGACAAUGUGCGUUUAGAUUCUGCUCAGCGCUCACCUUUGGGAAAAGAAGCAUCAUGGAUCGAGAUGUGCACAUGCCCUGAGGGGUAUGUUGGACAGUUCUGUGAAUCAUGUGCUCCUGGUUACCGCCAUGAUCCAGCUAAUGGAGGAAAAUUUGCUCGCUGUGUGCCUUGCAAUUGUCAUGGUCAUGCAGAGUUCUGUGAUCCAGAAACUGGACGUUGUAUUUGCCAGCACAACACUGCAGGAGACAAUUGUGAACACUGUGCUUCUGGAUUUUAUGGCAAUGCUUUGACAGGAACAGCUGGAGAUUGUCAACCAUGCCCUUGUCCUGGAAAUGGAGCUUGCGUAAUUUUACCUGAUGAGGAAGUGGCUUGUCUUGAGUGCCCUGAAGGAUAUGCUGGCCAUCGUUGUGAUCUUUGUAUUGAUGGAUAUUAUGCUGAAUCAACCGAUCCAUACGGAAGACCUCAAUGCCGAAAGUGUGAAUGUAAUGAAAACGUGGAUCCAAAUGCCAUUGGGAACUGUGACAGAAACACGGGAUACUGCUUAAAAUGUGUGUAUAAUACUGGUGGAAGAUACUGUGAAUCUUGUUUACCUGGAUUUUAUGGAAAUGCUUUAGCAUUACCAAAAGGGGAUUGCAAAGCGUGCAACUGCUACCCUGUUGGGACUGAGAAGAGAGACCCUGAAUCUGAUGUAUUAAUUUGCAACUAUGCUACUGGGCAGUGCCCUUGUAAACCUAAUGUAGAAGGAAAACAUUGUGAUACUUGUGCUGAGGGCUAUUGGAAUUUAGUGAGUGGCGAAGGUUGUGAACCUUGCCAAUGUGACCCUAUUGGAUCUUUAAAUAGGACUUGUGAUAUAACUACUGGGCAGUGUCAAUGUCGUCCAGGUGUAAUGGGUCAAAAAUGUGAUCAAUGUAUGUCUUUGCAUUAUGGAUUUUCACCGGAAGGUUGCAAGCGGUGUGAAUGUGAUCAGAUUGGUUCUACAUCACUGCAGUGUGAUCCUUAUGGCCAGUGUCCUUGUAGACCCAAUGUUGAAGGUAGAAGAUGUGAUCGAUGCAAGGAAAAUACUCAUAAUAAAGCUGCAGGAUGUGUUGAUUGCCCUCCCUGCUAUAAUCUUGUUCAAGAUGCCGCAAAUAUUCAUCGCUCUAAGCUUGCUGAACUUCAAGAGCUUCUGAAGGCAUUAAAAGAAAAUCCUCAAUUAUUGAAUGAUGAAGAAUUUGUAUUAAAACUCAAACAAGUUCAAGAUAAAGUAGAUAAAUUAUUAGAAGAUGCCAUGAGUGCCACAGAUCUUGAUGGUAAACUAGGUUCAAAAUUGAAAGAUCUAUAUAAAAGAUUAGAAGAUGUUCGUAAGACAGCUGGUGUAAUUGCUGGCAAAAUAGAUGAUGCAAGAGGUAUUGGCCAGUUAGGGGAGAGAAACAUCACAAUAGCUGAAGAUAUCAUCAAACGUGCUUUAGAUGCUUUACAUGGUGCUAGAAAAUUUUUGGAAACUGAAGGCAUCUCUGCAUUAGAGAAAGCUAUUGAGCGAUCUGAUAAGUUUGGGCAACAAUCAGAGAAAAUGUCAGAAAUAGCUCGAGAGGCGAGGCAUCUGGCAGAUGAGCAUGAGAAAGAAGCAAAGGAAAUUGAAGAUCUUGCUCUAGAUGCUAGAAAAAUUGCCCAGGAAGCAUAUGAGAAAGCUAGGCAUGCACUGGAAACACCUGGAGAAACAGCUGAUAAUAUAAAUCGUUUAGAACGGAAACUUCUUGAUGUAGAUUACAUGUUAGAAGAAGUUAAAAAGUUAGCUGCAUCUGCUAAAGAUGAAGCAAAUAAAACAUAUGAAGCAGCCCUUGAUUUGUUUACCAAGGCAAAUUCAAUCAACUUGCCUGAUGUAGAUGUGGAAUUAAUGAAGAAAACAGCAGCAGAUAUCAUUGAGGAGGCCAAAAAAAUACAAAACCAAGCUGAUGAUAUCUUGGGUGAACAUCAAGAUCUACUGGAUAAAAUGAAGCAACAGAUAGAAGAUGCUGAAGGUUUACUUAAAGCUGGUGAAAAACAGCAACAGACCGUUGAUGAAAUGUUAGCAACAGUUGAUGCAGCUCUAGCAAAAGCAAAGGAAGCUGUUGCUGCCGGGGAGAAAACAUUGGCUGAAGCAAAAGAUACACUCGAAACUUUAAAAGGAUUUGAUGAACUUAUUCGGGAGAGUAAAGGAAGAGCAGAUGAGGCAUUGACUCGCAUACCGGAAAUUGAGAAAUUAAUUACAGAAGCAGAAGAAAAAACUGCAUCUGCUGAAGAUGCCUUAAGGGGUGCAAAACAAGAUGCUAUAGAAUCUAGGGAUGAAGCUCAGACUGCUGAAGAAAAGGCAGAACAAGCAUCUAAGCAUGCAAAUGAUGUUUUGGAAGGUGCAGAAGAAACAAAAACAGAGGCAAAUAAACUUAAAGACAAAGCAGAUGAGCUUGCUGAAGAAGUUGCUGAAACUGAAGGUAUUUUAAAAGAAUAUGAAGAUCAAGCAAAAAGUGAUGGAGAUUUGGCUAGUCAGGCACUGGAACAAGCAAAUCAAGCCAAAAACAGUGCUACAGAUGCAUCAGUGAAAGUAAAAAAUGCUUUGGACACAGUUGAAGAUAUAUUGAGAGCAUUAGAUGGGUUGGAUGACAUUGAUGAAUCUCUAUUGGAUCAGUUGGAAAUAAGAUUAGAAGCUGCUGAAAAAGAACAGAAAGAAGCUGAUUUUGAUUCUCGUAUGAACGAAUUACGGCAGGCUAGAGACUUACAGAAUCAAUGGAUGAAAGAUUAUACUGAAGAAGUGGAAAGACUGAAGAAAGAUGUUGCUAACAUUGCAGAUAUUCGAAAUGCAUUACCAGAUAAGUGCUAUCGGCGAGUGGUCUUGGAACCAUAAAAAAAUCAUCGCAUUUUGUAAUUCAACAUUUUUUUAAAUAUGUCUGAAAUUUUGGUCCUUUAUAAAAAAUGUCAUUCAUUCAAUUUAUUUUGAAUUAUGGCAGUAAUGAACUGUAAAAAAGUAGAAUGAGAGAGAAAUUAUGUUUCUGUACAAUGUGUAAGAUCCUUUUGCUGAAUUGUGCAUUUGCUAUUUUUUCUCUUUUGUAUUUCCUUAUUAUAAGAGAUUAUCAAAAUUGUGUUGUUUAUUCUUUUAUAUCAAGUAUGUGUUGCUGUUUUUUUACAUUUCAAAAUUUCUUUUAUAUAUUUUUUCUGAACCUUUAAAUUUGAUUUUAAAACGUUUUAUUGUAUCUAGUAAUGCGGGUAAAUGUGUCGGUUAAGAUAAUUGUUUAUGUGUAUUUGUGUUGUGCAAAUAUUAGAUCAAGAAUAUUUAACUUUAUACCUAAGAAAAGUAAAAUAAUCACAAUAAAUAUUAAAAUAUUUAUUAACAAAUAGACUAAUUUUAUUUUAUUUUAAAAUAAAUUUUUAAAAACUAUGCACACUUCACAAUAACAC